CGGGCGGGCGCGAGCACGUCGCCAGCAGCACGCCGCGGGCACGCGCGCCCCCGCACCGCCCCCACGCCGCCGCCGUGCUGCAGCUGUGUCAGCGAGGUAUCACGACGCGGGACAUAGACAACCUGCCGCCGGCCGUGGCGCUGCUGCUGCUGAGCGUGUUCAGCCGCUGCAAGGCGGAGCCGCCGCUGGACUGGCCGGCGGAGGCCUACAACCUGGUCAUGAGGGAGGACUUGGCUAUCCAGGCGGAAAUAGCCGAAACCAUCAAAAACAACAGAGAUUAUUUGGAAACGCUCGCGCUAGAAGUGGCGGAGAAGGAGACGGCGUACACGCAGGCCGGCGGCGCCGCGGAGGAGCUGCCCCGGGGCGACGACGGCGACGCCAGCACGGGCAUGGAGCACCUCAACACGAAGCUCUUGGGUCUGCUGUACCCCGACGACCGCAGGAUGGCGGAAGUGUUGAACCUGCUGCAGUCGUCGCAGCCCGUCACCGUCAACCUCACGCAGCGUCCCGAGGUGUCCGACCACGACUUCAUCGAGGAGCAGGAGAAGUACCUGUACGCCGUCAGCACCAGGACCAUGGCCCUGCCAGUGGCGAGGGGCAUGGCGACGCUCCGCACGUCCCCGUGGGCGUGCACGGAGCCGGCCCGCGUGGCGCGCACGUGCGUGUGGGCGCGCGGGGGGGCGCCGCACGCCGAGCUGUCCCCGCAGGCGCUGUGCUGGCCCUCCUUCCACAGCGGCGUGGCCACCGCGCUGUGCCUCGUGCCGCUCGUGCCCACCUCCAUCGACACCGCCUUCGUGCUCUAUAACAAGCCCAGGGGCACCGCAGAGAUGUCGAGCGAACACGCCGGCUUCCUCAUGGGGCUGGGCCUCAACGGGCACCUGCGGGACAUGCCCUUCAUGAACAUCUACGAGUACCUGGUCAAGUGCAACGAGAUGAUCAGCAUCGGCCUGCUGCUGGGCCUGGCCGCCACCUACAGGGGCACAAUGGACGUCCAAGCUACCAAAAUGCUCAGCAUCCACCUGGAGCCGCUGCUGCCCCCCACGUCGGUGGAGCUGGACAUACAGCAGAACAUCCUGGUGGCGGCGCUGAUGGGCGUGGGGCUGCUGUACCAGGGCACCGCGCACGCGCACUACACGCAGGUGCUGCUCAACGAGAUCGGCAAGCCGCCGGGCCCGGAGGCGGAGAGCUGCGUGGAGCGCGAGGGCUACGCGCUGGCGGCCGGGCUGGCGCUGGGGCUGGUGUGCGCGGGCGCGUGGCGGGACGUGCCGCGCCGCGUGCCGCACGCGCUGCGCACCUACAUGCUGGGCGGCGACCGGCCCGCCGCGCACGGUCAGUGCACCCUCCCUCUCUACUAUACUCCUACUGCGACUGCGUGGAGCGCGAGGGCUACGCGCUGGCGGCCGGGCUGGCGCUGGGGCUGGUGUGCGCGGGCGCGUGGCGGGACGUGCCGCGCCGCGUGCCGCACGCGCUGCGCACCUACAUGCUGGGCGGCGACCGGCCCGCCGCGCACGGUCAGUGCACCCUCCCUCUCUACUAUACUCCUACUGCGACUGCGUGGAGCGCGAGGGCUACGCGCUGGCGGCCGGGCUGGCGCUGGGGCUGGUGUGCGCGGGCGCGUGGCGGGACGUGCCGCGCCGCGUGCCGCACGCGCUGCGCACCUACAUGCUGGGCGGCGACCGGCCCGCCGCGCACGGUCAGUGCACCCUCCCUCUCUACUAUACUCCUACUGCGACUGCGUGGAGCGCGAGGGCUACGCGCUGGCGGCCGGGCUGGCGCUGGGGCUGGUGUGCGCGGGCGCGUGGCGGGACGUGCCGCGCCGCGUGCCGCACGCGCUGCGCACCUACAUGCUGGGCGGCGACCGGCCCGCCGCGCACGGUCAGUGCACCCUCCCUCUCUACUAUACUCCUACUGCGACUGCGUGGAGCGCGAGGGCUACGCGCUGGCGGCCGGGCUGGCGCUGGGGCUGGUGUGCGCGGGCGCGUGGCGGGACGUGCCGCGCCGCGUGCCGCACGCGCUGCGCACCUACAUGCUGGGCGGCGACCGGCCCGCCGCGCACGGUCAGUGCACCCUCCCUCUCUACUAUACUCCUACUGCGACUGCGUGGAGCGCGAGGGCUACGCGCUGGCGGCCGGGCUGGCGCUGGGGCUGGUGUGCGCGGGCGCGUGGCGGGACGUGCCGCGCCGCGUGCCGCACGCGCUGCGCACCUACAUGCUGGGCGGCGACCGGCCCGCCGCGCACGGUCAGUGCACCCUCCCUCUCUACUAUACUCCUACUGCGACUGCGUGGAGCGCGAGGGCUACGCGCUGGCGGCCGGGCUGGCGCUGGGGCUGGUGUGCGCGGGCGCGUGGCGGGACGUGCCGCGCCGCGUGCCGCACGCGCUGCGCACCUACAUGCUGGGCGGCGACCGGCCCGCCGCGCACGGUCAGUGCACCCUCCCUCUCUACUAUACUCCUACUGCGACUGCGUGGAGCGCGAGGGCUACGCGCUGGCGGCCGGGCUGGCGCUGGGGCUGGUGUGCGCGGGCGCGUGGCGGGACGUGCCGCGCCGCGUGCCGCACGCGCUGCGCACCUACAUGCUGGGCGGCGACCGGCCCGCCGCGCACGGUCAGUGCACCCUCCCUCUCUACUAUACUCCUACUGCGACUGCGUGGAGCGCGAGGGCUACGCGCUGGCGGCCGGGCUGGCGCUGGGGCUGGUGUGCGCGGGCGCGUGGCGGGACGUGCCGCGCCGCGUGCCGCACGCGCUGCGCACCUACAUGCUGGGCGGCGACCGGCCCGCCGCGCACGGUCAGUGCACCCUCCCUCUCUACUAUACUCCUACUGCGACUGCGUGGAGCGCGAGGGCUACGCGCUGGCGGCCGGGCUGGCGCUGGGGCUGGUGUGCGCGGGCGCGUGGCGGGACGUGCCGCGCCGCGUGCCGCACGCGCUGCGCACCUACAUGCUGGGCGGCGACCGGCCCGCCGCGCACGGUCAGUGCACCCUCCCUCUCUACUAUACUCCUACUGCGACUGCGUGGAGCGCGAGGGCUACGCGCUGGCGGCCGGGCUGGCGCUGGGGCUGGUGUGCGCGGGCGCGUGGCGGGACGUGCCGCGCCGCGUGCCGCACGCGCUGCGCACCUACAUGCUGGGCGGCGACCGGCCCGCCGCGCACGGUCAGUGCACCCUCCCUCUCUACUAUACUCCUACUGCGACUGCGUGGAGCGCGAGGGCUACGCGCUGGCGGCCGGGCUGGCGCUGGGGCUGGUGUGCGCGGGCGCGUGGCGGGACGUGCCGCGCCGCGUGCCGCACGCGCUGCGCACCUACAUGCUGGGCGGCGACCGGCCCGCCGCGCACGGUCAGUGCACCCUCCCUCUCUACUAUACUCCUACUGCGACUGCGUGGAGCGCGAGGGCUACGCGCUGGCGGCCGGGCUGGCGCUGGGGCUGGUGUGCGCGGGCGCGUGGCGGGACGUGCCGCGCCGCGUGCCGCACGCGCUGCGCACCUACAUGCUGGGCGGCGACCGGCCCGCCGCGCACGGUCAGUGCACCCUCCCUCUCUACUAUACUCCUACUGCGACUGCGUGGAGCGCGAGGGCUACGCGCUGGCGGCCGGGCUGGCGCUGGGGCUGGUGUGCGCGGGCGCGUGGCGGGACGUGCCGCGCCGCGUGCCGCACGCGCUGCGCACCUACAUGCUGGGCGGCGACCGGCCCGCCGCGCACGGUCAGUGCACCCUCCCUCUCUACUAUACUCCUACUGCGACUGCGUGGAGCGCGAGGGCUACGCGCUGGCGGCCGGGCUGGCGCUGGGGCUGGUGUGCGCGGGCGCGUGGCGGGACGUGCCGCGCCGCGUGCCGCACGCGCUGCGCACCUACAUGCUGGGCGGCGACCGGCCCGCCGCGCACGGUCAGUGCACCCUCCCUCUCCACUAUACUCCUACUGCGACUGCGUGGAGCGCGAGGGCUACGCGCUGGCGGCCGGGCUGGCGCUGGGGCUGGUGUGCGCGGGCGCGUGGCGGGACGUGCCGCGCCGCGUGCCGCACGCGCUGCGCACCUACAUGCUGGGCGGCGACCGGCCCGCCGCGCACGGUCAGUGCACCCUCCCUCUCUACUAUACUCCUACUGCGACUGCGUGGAGCGCGAGGGCUACGCGCUGGCGGCCGGGCUGGCGCUGGGGCUGGUGUGCGCGGGCGCGUGGCGGGAUGUGCCGCGCCGCGUGCCGCACGCGCUGCGCACCUACAUGCUGGGCGGCGACCGGCCCGCCGCGCACGGUCAGUGCACCCUCCCUCUCUACUAUACUCCUACUGCGACUGCGUGGAGCGCGAGGGCUACGCGCUGGCGGCCGGGCUGGCGCUGGGGCUGGUGUGCGCGGGCGCGUGGCGGGAUGUGCCGCGCCGCGUGCCGCACGCGCUGCGCACCUACAUGCUGGGCGGCGACCGGCCCGCCGCGCACGGUCAGUGCACCCUCCCUCUCUACUAUACUCCUACUGCGACUGCGUGGAGCGCGAGGGCUACGCGCUGGCGGCCGGGCUGGCGCUGGGGCUGGUGUGCGCGGGCGCGUGGCGGGACGUGCCGCGCCGCGUGCCGCACGCGCUGCGCACCUACAUGCUGGGCGGCGACCGGCCCGCCGCGCACGGCGGGCAGCGCGAGCGGUGCAAGCCGGGCGUGAACCUGGACGUGACGUCCCCGGGCGGCACGGUGGCGCUGGGCCUGCUGUACCUGCGCGCCGGCCGCCGCGCCCCCGCCGCCUGGCUGCAGCCGCCCGACACCGCCUACCAGCUCGACUACGUGCGCCCGGACCUGCUCAUGCUCAGGGUCAUCGCGCGAGGCCUAAUGUUGUGGGACUCCAUAGAAGCCAGCGAAGAGUGGAUCGAGGAUCAAGUUCCAGAAACGAUAAAGCCAUACUGCUUCGUCAAACCGACCGAGGACAACAUCGAUUAUGAAGCUAUGAACCAGGCGUACUGCAACAUCGUGGCGGGCGCGGCGUUCGCGCUGGGGCUGCGGUUCGCGGGGUCGGGGGACGCGGACGCGCGCGACGCCGUGCUGCACCACGCGCGCGCGCUGGCCGCGCUGGCCGACACCGCGCUGGCCGAGCUGGCCGGCCGCUCCACGCUCGAGUACACGCUGUGCGUCUGUCUGCUGGCCGCCGGCAUGAUAAUGGCGGGUCGCGGCGACCUGUCCCUGCUGCGCAUGUGCCGGAGACUGCGCGCCCGCGUGCCCGCGCCCGGCGCCGCCGCGCCGCCGCUCACGCACGGUGGGCAGAUGGCGAUCCACUGCACCAUAGGGCUGCUGUUCCUGGGCGGCGGGCGGUGCACGCUCAGCACCACGCCCACCGCCGUGGCCGCGCUGCUGGCCGCCUUCUUCCCCAAGUUCCCGACGCACAGCGAGGACAACCGGUACCACCUGCAGGCGCUGCGGCACCUGUACGUGCUGGCCGUGGAGCCGCGCCUGCUGCUGCCGCGGGACAUCGACACCGGCGAGCUGUGCUACGCUCACAUACAGGUCAUCGACCUGCAGGGCUCAGUGCGGCAGAUGAAGGCGCCGUGCAUCCUCCCCGAACUGGACAAGCUGAAGGAGGUCAAGAUUGACGACCCUCGGUACUGGCCCAUCACCUUCCAGAGGGACAGGAACUGGGACCAGCUCAAACUGUUCCUGGAGUACACGUGGUGUGUGGAAGUGAAGCAGCGCGCCGGCUGCCUGCCGCACCGCCACGACCCGCACGGCUUCCUCACCAUGCUGGCGCAGUCGCUCACCCUGGACAAGGCCAACACCUGGUCCAUCAUCACCCAGAACAUCGAGCUGUUCACCAACGACGACAAGAUCCGCAGCUUCGCCAAGCGCUACCUGUGGGCGGAGGCGGCGCGCGGCUGCGGGGAGUGCGGGGAGUGCGGGGAGUGCGUGCCGGCGCAGCGGCGGCGGCGCGGGGGGCGGGGGGAGCCGCGCCUGUGGAGGCCGUGCGAGUGCCGCCGGUACUCCAAGGACGAGCAGGACUACGUGCAGGCGCUCAACAUGGUCACCUACGAGUGCGUCGUCAAGGACAUCCUGUGCGCUCUGCCCAUAUGGACUACUUUUUUGAAGAUAAUAAAGACAAUGAAGACGGAUCCGUCGGCGUACCACACGUGGCAGAUGAAGCUGCUGCUGUCGCAGGUGGAGCAGCUCGACAAGCGCAGCACGGCCGAGAUGAAGGUGGACGGGCUGGAGGCGCACAGCGAGCCGCUCGUCUCCGCGGAGUUCACGCUCGCCAUCAAGCAGAAGGUGGCGCUCGCCUUCGACGCCUUCGAGCUGAGGCUGACCCCGUACCUGCGCAAGUACGUGGGCCUGCCGAGCAGCAGAGACUUCAAUAACUGCGAGCCCUUGCUCAAGAAGGCCCUGUCCGCGUUCCUCGUGUACCACGACAUCAAGCGGGGAGAGCUGCGGGGCUGCGCGGGGGAGGAGGGGGGCGCGCUGGUGCUGGCGGGGGGCGCGGGGGGCGCGGAGGGGGCGGCGCGGCUGGGGGCGCUGCUGCGGUGAUGCUCGACGCUGCGCCGGGGCUACGUGACCCGGGCGCGGUGCCGCGGGGACUGCGUGCACGACUGGUGCUGACGGACGCACAGACGUACUUACUUGCUUUCAAUCUCAAUUUGUGUAAAAUGUUUGCUCAAGCUAGUACAGUUAGUACCGUAGAUUGGGGGGAAAAGGAACAAAUCUGGAUUGUCACAAUGCUUUUGUGGAGAUUUCAUUUUGUUAAAUUUUAAAGGACUUUUAUUUAGUGUUUAUGAAUAUUAAAUAGUGUAUUUUAGUCAUCAGAGUUUUGUAACUGAUUAAAGAUAUUGAAAAGUUGAUUAUCUAAAGGUAAGUACCUACCUAACAACUAAACGGUGCCAGCCCUAUCGAAAAACGUUAUUAUCCUCUACGUGACCCGAUUCACCCCAAAAGCCAAGCUAGUUUUUUUUUUUAAAGUUUUUGUGUAUAUUUUCCAAUUAACUAUGUAUAAUAAUGCAUCGUAUAUGCAAAUUUUAACCUCCGGAACCAUUUUAAUCUUAAUUUUAUUGGUAUUACCGUAAGAAAAACCGCUGAAAAUUUUUGUUGGAUUUGCAAAGCGUCCCGAUUCCCCCCAAUCUACUGUAACCAAAUAUUAUGCGUUUAACUAAUUCUCAGUCCACUAUAAAAUCAUUAAGAUUAAAUGUAUUAAUUAGUAUGAAUAUAAGCUAUAACACAAUUCUACUAAACGUGAAGAAGUUUUGUGACAAUGUUACUUAGUGUAUUUGUGUGAAAACCAUAUCCGUUUGUCGUUGAACUGACUUUUAUAUCAUUUCUAUAUAUUCGUCGGUCAUUAGUAUUAUGUUCUGCUAAACAAAUACAAUUGUUUAUUAAUAUUUUUAAUUAUCACAAGUAUCCGUCAGCGUAUAGGAAAUAAAAACUGUGUGAUGAGGAAAUGAAAAUAAGUUUUAUUCCGUGUCAAAAAGAGACUGGCGGUAGGACCUCUUGUGAGUCCGCAUGGGUAGGUACCACCACCCUGCCUAUUUCUGCCGUGAAGCAGUAAUGCGUUUCGGUUUGAAGGGUGUGGCAGCCGUUGUAACUAUACUGAGAUCUUAGGACUUAGAUGUCUAUGGGCUCCAGUCACCACUUAAUACCGGGUGGGCUGUGAGCUCGUUCACCCACCCAUCUAAGCAAUAAAUAAAAAAAAGAACACCCUAUAGUGUUGUGUUUGUGCGGAAAGGAAACAGAACACCCCCUAUAAGUCGCAAUAAAAAUAAAACAAUAAAUACUUAAAUCUCAAAACUAUGUGAGACAAUUAAUAUUAUAAUUAAAUUCCUUCAGUAAAUGUUUUACAUUCUUCACUAAACUUUUAUCAGUAAACGACUGAACUGACACUGACAAUGACAAAAUUACGAUUUCACUAAACAACUUGUGCUGGGUUGCGAUAAUAGGUUUUUUUUUUUUUUUAAAUUGGUAUUUGAUAAAUAAAUAAUAUUUGAGAUGUUGACAAUAUACUCCAGCAUGAUUCUUAAGCAAUAAAUAGAUGGACAGCGAAUCUACCAGCAUCCUCCAGCCGGAUAAGACGCUUGGGCCGUAGAAAUGGACAUGGCAGUGGACUUGACGGACAAUAGGCAAACGGCCUGUCUAUAUUGCAGCUCUGACGCUGACUACUCUUCACCCACUCGAAUUUCAACCUUCGGACCGGGAGCACAGUUCUAAAAAUUUCUAAUCCAAUCUUAACAUAAGUGACAAUAUGUAUUUUUAAAUUUUAAAUAAAACACAUGAAUGAAUAAAAUAGUCAUAUUUAUCCUGAUGAGAAUUUUAAGCCAAGCUAUUUAUUGGCUAUUGUGAUGCUGGGUCGUUCAAGUAAAUAGGUCGUCUUGAAGUCAGUGAAAAUUACAUUGAAAUAUUCCUCUACUUGACAAAAAAAUUCGAGUUAUAACAGUAAUGGCGUUUUAGAAAUAAAUAUAUUUUGUAAACAUGA